UUCUCUGAAGUUAAGAUCUUCCUCUUUUUCAGGAACAAAACACGAUCAACUCUCUCUCUCUCUCUCUCUCGAUCGAAUUGCUUUCGGGCCUCAGUAGAAUUAUCCAAUUCUUGAAUGAGUAUACCCAAACUUAAAUUCAAAAAGUGGUAACAGUAUUUCAGUUUUUUGGCUUAAUGAACUUGACCGAGUUGACUCAGUUGAGAUCAUGAUUCGAUAGCCGGCGGCAACGAUGACGUCACCACCAACGACAAAAAGUAACGCUAAGCAUCGGAUCGACGGCAGCGGCGAUAACAAUCAAUACAACAACAACAAUAAUAAUAUUGGCGGGAACCAUCGGGGGAGUAGAAUGGGGGAGACGGCGGGGGAGUGCGCGGCGGUGUGCUGUUGCUGUCCAUGCGCCAUGAUUCACCUUUUGAUCCUAGCCGUCUACAGACUCCCCGCAGGACUCUGGAGGAAAAGGAAGAGGAAAAGAUUAUUGAAGCAAAAGAAGAGGAAAAAUUCGGAGAAUCCGGCGAAAAAGAAGAGCGGAAUCCAGGUCGAUUUAGGAGAAAAUGAUGAAUCGACGGAAGUGGGAGAUUGCAGCAAUAACAACCAUGGCGAAAAAAUCGAAACCCUUGAUUGGGACAGGGAAAUGUGGGACCGGUUCUAUGGGGCCGGGUUUUGGAGAAGUACUUCACGAAGAGAUGGCGACUGAUUUCUGAUAAAUUUUUGUGACAAACUUCACCCCGCCGUGUUGAUUAGUCUAGUUUAAUUAGCAAUUCACGAGAGCCAUUGCUUUUUUGGGGGCUCGAGAAAGCUAUUUUGCGCAACUUCGAGAAACUCAUCCAAUCAAUGUUUUUUUGAAGGAGAAUCAAGUACUUCUUGAUAAAGGUUACGGUGUCAAUUGUUAAAAAAAAAAAAAGGGUUAAAGAUAUAUCAAUUUAUUGGGUUCAAGUCAUAACAAAGACGUCUGUGAUUUUGUAGAAACACCAAAGGCGUUACGAAAAAUUGAUUGAUUAAUGGGUUUCAAGCAAUGCAAUUGAGGAUGAAAUUGAAGUUGGAAAUUGAUGGAGAAAGAGAAGGUUUGGUAGUAAAGUGGAAGUUACCUAAUUGUGGCUUUAUUUUUGUGAAUGGGUUUAUUAUGGUACGCUUUCUUGUGUUAUUUUUCGAGAUAUUGCACAUACAAUGUAGCAAAGUAAAAUAUAUGUUUUGGGAUUGAGAUUUAUGUAAAUUGAAAAUUUGUAUCACUGAAGAGCUAUGGCUUUUGCACC